AAGCGGUCGCUGUCUGUCAAUGUCAAUGUACACUUGAACAGGACAAAAUUCUUCUUCCCUCCCCCACACGCAGCACCACUGAAAGCUCUGGUGUAUGUAAACCACAACCUGAUGCUAGUUAAUUCACAUCUUUACCUAUAUCAAUUUAUCACUGGUAGUAAUAACUACUUCACCCGUUUCAUGAAAAGAACAAUUCUAAUUUUCACAUACAAAUCAAAUCUGACAAUUUAAUUAGGUAGAUAGUUGAGAUCUAAUUUCUAGGAUUGCACUAUUUUGUGAUUUUUUUCUCAAAUAUUUAUAAGACGGAGGGAGUAGAUCAGUAGUUCACUCCUGACUCCUGCUAGUUUAAGCAAAGAUGCUUUGCUAGUUUUCUUGCGUAUUAAUCUGGUAAUAGCAGUAGCAGUACGAGCCAUUCAUGCAGCAUUUGCUGACUAGCAUGCAGGCCACAUGUACAUCUCACGCCUGCUUCUCUGACCUCACCAUUUCCCAAGAGCUGCCAGUCCACCUCCCACUAUAAACAAUGGAGUAGCUGUAUCCUAAACUACUCAGAACUUAAACAAAUCAGGGGGGGCAUAUACCAUUGGCCAUUAGCCUGAUAGCUAUCCUCCUUGCCAGGGCAAAGCAGCAGGAGAAGAUCCGGAGGCGAGAGAUGGAGGACCUGCAGCCCGCGGCAGUCGUCCGCGCCCCGCGGCGGGCCAUGCUGUUCCGGGUGCCGCGGAGGCCGGUGACCAGGGCGAAUGGGGCGGCGCCGCCGGUGCCGGCGGGGGGAAAGAAGAGGAGGAUGGCGGUGGCGAGGCUCGGCGGGAAGAGGAGGCUGUUCGGCGCGAUCCGGCGGCUGCGGGUGCGGUGGCUGGCGGUGCUGUACCGGCGCACGCUGCGGCGGCUGCGGGCCUACUACGCCACGGCGAUCAAUGACCUCCUCGAGGGCGCCGCUGCCAUCAGCUCCCUCCGCGGCCCGGCCGGCGCCGACUGCGCCUUCGGCACCGCGUUCGCGCCGGUGGUCACCGUCGGGAUCUGAGCUCCCAACGGAUGCAAGCGGCGCGCAAAGUCUUUGCUGUGAUGUAACGGUGGUGGCUUUGCUUGUAUAGACGCUAGCCCAAUAUCUCUCUCAUUUUAUUUUGCUCUCUUCCUCUUCCUCCUCUUGAUCUGCUGUGUUCUUUGCUAGCAAUCUAGCAUGUCAAAUCUUGUCUACCUGUGUACUUCAUAAUAUGGCUACUUUGCCUGAUCUCAAUGCAAGAAUCAGAUUAUAUGUAGAGAAACAAAGAAACAAAAUAUAUACUUCGUUUAA